UGUAAACUAGGGUGUCGCCGAGGUGGCUGUAUUCGAAGGCGACAGUCUAUUCGGCUAAUCAUUUGACAAAACAAAUAAUGUAAUAAGAUCGGUAAUUUGACCUCCAAAAAUUUAUAAUUCUUCUUGAUCGAGAGUCCCAAAAUGUUUGCAAUAACGGGGUAUGCCGAUCAGUUUAAUGAGCUCGGUGGUAGUUUGAAGAAAGAGUAAGUCGGGGAGCCAUUUUGUCUCGGCAGGGUGAGAGAAAGAAAAGGGGAAUCACACGGGAGAAUAUUUUUUUAUUCACAUGCUGUAAGAGAAACGGUUCUGUUUUGGGAAAUAACAUUAGUUACACAUCGGAUACGGUUGCGACACUCUACCCUCUGCGAUAUUUAGUUAACUAUCAAACUAACUUGGACAUCAACAAUAUCAUAAUCACACGCUGAUAUUCCACCUCUCUGCUCGUAACUCGCGCUGGCUCUCUAGACCUGCGGGAGAUAGUUUCUCGUCUGUCCGGUGAACACAUCUGGUUUCUCGAUGGCGAAGAAGACCUACGACCUGCUCUUCAAGCUCCUGCUGAUCGGGGACUCGGGCGUGGGGAAGACCUGCGUGCUGUUCCGGUUCUCAGACGACGCCUUCAACACCACCUUCAUCUCCACCAUAGGAAUAGACUUCAAGAUCAAAACUGUUGAACUCCAAGGAAAGAAGAUCAAACUACAGAUAUGGGACACAGCUGGUCAGGAGCGGUUCCACACCAUCACCACGUCCUACUACCGAGGCGCCAUGGGCAUCAUGCUGGUCUAUGACAUCACCAACGCCAAGAGCUUCGAGAACAUCAGCAAGUGGCUCCGCAACAUCGACGAGCAUGCCAACGAGGACGUGGAGAGAAUGCUGCUAGGCAACAAGUGUGACAUGGAGGACAAGAGGGUGGUACCAAAAGCCAAGGGAGAGCAGAUUGCCAGAGAACAUGGUAUUAGAUUUUUUGAGACGAGUGCCAAGGCCAACAUCAGCAUCGAGAAGGCUUUCCUCACACUAGCAGAAGACAUCCUCAGAAAGACGCCCGUCAAAGAGCCCAACAGUGAAAACGUGGACAUCAGCGGUGGGAGUGGAGUCACAGGAUGGAAGAGCAAGUGCUGCAGUUAGAACAGCCCUCUGUCCCUCCCUCACACACACUGACAUGCACACUCUUUAUCUCUAGUAGCUAACUCUCUAAUACUCAUCCCCUCGAUCUUUUGUCAUCAAUUCUCUUGACCAAUUCUCUCUCCUCCCCUGUCCCCUCUCUCUUCUCCCCUGUCCCUUCUCUCUCUCUUCUCCCCUGUCCCUUCUCUCUCUCUCUCCCCUGUCCCCCUCUCUCUCUUCUCCCCUGUCCCUCUCUCUCUCUUCUCCCCUGUCCCUUCUCUCUCUCUUCUCCCUGUCCCCUCUCUCUCUCUUCUCCCCUGUCCCUUCUCUCUCUCUUCUCCCCUGUCCCUUCUCUCUCUCUUCUCCCCUGUCCCUUCUCUCUCUCUUCUCCCCUGUCCCUUCUCUCUCUCUUCUCCCCUGUCCCCUUCUCUCUCUCUUCUCCCUGUCCCUUCUCUCUCUCCUUCUCCCUGUCCCUUCUCUCUCUCUUCUCCCCUGUCCCUUCUCUCUCUCUUCUCCCCUGUCCCUUCUCUCUCUCUUCUCCCCUGUCCCUUCUCUCUCUCUUCUCCCUGUCCCUUCUCUCUCUCUUCUCCCCUGUCCCUUCUCUCUCUCUUCUCCCCUGUCCCUUCUCUCUCUCUUCUCCCCUGUCCCUUCUCUCUCUCUUCUCCCCUGUCCCUUCUCUCUCUCUUCUCCCCUGUCCUUCUCUCUCUCUUCUCCC